UGUCUGCAGUGUUGGAAAAUGAAAGUAUCCAGGGGCUUUCUGGGGUCAAACCAAUGGGCUCCAGGAACCGCUCCUCCAGCACGGCAGAUGAGGACACCUCCUACAGCUUGGACACCAUGAUUCACCAGCUGAACACCUUCCACAGCAUCAUGUGUGACCAAGGUCUGGACCCAGAGAUCAUCCAGCAGGUCUUCAAGCAGCUCUUCUACAUGAUCAACGCCGUGGCCCUCAACAACCUCCUGCUGAGGAAGGAUGUCUGCUCGUGGAGCACGGGCAUGCAGCUGAGGUUUAACAUCAGCCAGCUGGAGGAAUGGCUGCGUGGGAAGAACCUGCAGCAGAGUGGAGCAGCCCAAACUCUGGAGCCCUUGAUUCAGGCAGCACAGCUCCUGCAGCUGAAGAAGAAGACCUCAGAAGAUGCUGAGGCCAUCUGCUCCUUGUGCACGGCCCUCACAACUCAGCAGAUAGUCAGGAUUCUCAAUCUCUACACUCCAGUGAAUGAGUUUGAAGAACGUGUGACUGUGGCUUUCAUCCGAGACAUCCAGGCACGCUUGCAAGAGAGGAACGACCCUCCCCAGCUCCUCCUGGACUUCAAGCACACGUUCCCCGUGGUGUUCCCCUUCAACCCCUCCUCCAUAACCAUGGACUCCAUUCAUCUCCCCGCUGCUCUCCACUUGGAAUUCCUCAACAGAGUCUGA